ACACACACUCUAAGGUUGUCAGGGGUGACCAACACAUUGUGAUUGUCAGACUUCAGAAGUGGAGUUAUGAAGACAGCAUGGAGUUGGCUCAUCUUUUGUCAUUUAACUCUGGCUGAUUCAGCCAGUACUUCCAGAGGUGAUGAAUGCCUACCUUGCUUACCCCUAUACCUGGCUGUUCCAAAGUAUGCCGGAUGGAUUAGAAAGGAGAAACACUGGAAGCCUAGAGGUCAAUUAUGUGGUUAUUGCAAUAGUACAGACCUUGAUGCUGGGGAGAAACCUGGAUUUCCCAAAUUUAUAAAACCCAGUGACCCUGGGGUUCAAAAAGCAGCCAGGUUUGCAGUUGAAAGGUUUAACAAUUGCACAAAUGACCUCUUCUUAUUCAAAGAACUUCACAUUGAUAAAGCAAUGGUGCAGCUCGUGAAAGGACUAAAAUAUAUGAUUGAUAUGCAUAUAAGCCGAACAACUUGCAAGAAGAAUGAACAUUACAACUUGGACAACUGUGACUUUCAAAGAGAUAGAACUUUACAGCAGACAUUCAACUGCUAUACUGAAGUUUGGGUCAUUUCCUGGCUCCAAAAGACCGAGGUACUUGUUCUCCAUUGUCAGUGAUUUCUUGCUUCUCUUCAACCGAAGGCUGGAUUGGUGCUUUGGUUUUCAGCUCAGUCUUCACUUUCUGCCUAUUACAGAUAGUCUGUAUUUUUCAAACGUAUUUGUGCCUUAGAGCCCACUAGAACUUACCUGAACUGAUGCUGAGUGAAGUGAGUAGAACCAAGAGAACAUUGUACACACUAAGAGCAACACUGUCUGAUGAUCAGCUAUGAUAGACUUAGCUCUUCUCAGCAAUACAAUGGUCUAAGACAAUUCCAAAAGGCUCAUGAUGGAAAAUGCUAUCC